AUGUCAGAUUUGAACGACUUGGAUUUGGCGACAUCCGCCAUCGUCAUCAAGAAGACAUAUACGCUAACCUGCAUCUUUAUAUUGACGGCGGUGUUUCAGUGGUACUUUGUUGUGGCCUACAUACGUGUCGAUCUAUCUGGAUAUAGUACAUCAUUCAUGAUGAUGGGCUUCUUAUUUGUUACCAUAUUCCAUUCGGUUCCCUCACUACGCCAUGUGUAUCCUUACAACUACGUAUUCAUGCUGAUCACAGCGGAGCUUUUAAUUUUGGGUGCCGGCACAUUGAGUAUGAAAUCGAGUCUCAGACUUUUAAUAUCUCUAACACUGAGUACACUUUUUGUAUUCAUGUGUUUGAUUAUAAUGGGUGCCAUUCUUCAGAAGAGUAUCGAGGUAAAUCCUUUCUGUGCAGUCACCACAUUUUUCUUCAGUUUUAUGUCCAUAUCGAUGAUGAUCUAUUUUCACAUAACCCUGGAAACACCUAUGGUUUUAAUGGUCAGUAAUUUUAUUGUUGUAUACGCUAUUUUGGGUGUAGUUAUAUUUCACUCGAUGGUGGUUCACAAUGGACAAUCGCGUCUCUAUCACGAUGACUAUUUCCUUAUGGGGCUGCUGCUCUUUGUGGACUUUAUAUGCAUCUUUGUUGUUGGCAUGAUUUACGUUAUUGGAAAUUUCAAGAAGCCGCAAUAUCUAUGUGGUGGACAUGAAGUCACAACUCCAGCCAAGGUGGAAUCCGCAAUAUUUAAUGAAAAUUUUAAGCACAAGACACACACUGCUAAACCGUAA